AUGCAUGAGGGGAGCAGAGAGCAAGACACAGAUCUGCUGGUAUAUCAUGCUGGGCCAAUUACGUUUUGCUUCGUAUAUAACAUGAAAGCGAGUGCGCCAGCAUUACUCUCAUCACAGACUCAAGGCAGAUCCAGUCCCGUGCCAGACACAGGUUGGGAAGCCUACACAUGGAGACACUGGUGCGUCUUGGCUGCACUCCUACUACUCAGCGGCGGAGUCGUGCUGGCGGUGGCCGUGCCCUUAGCGUCCCGUCGCACUCAGGUUGAUCCCGAGGACACCCUCGCCCGCGUCCACAGGAUAUUGAGUAAAGUUCCACUCAUCGAUGGCCACAACGACCUCGCGUGGAACAUCAGGAACUUCGUGCACAACAAGCUGGAGAAAGUGGACCUGUCGCUCAACCUCAGCACGGUGGAGCCUUGGGGUAGUUCCCAGUGGUCGCACACAGACCUUGCACGCAUGAGACAGGGCAGACUUGGCGCACAGUUCUGGGCGGCCUAUGUCCCGUGCGGCGCCCAGUACCUCAACGCCGCUCAGGUCACGCUCGAGCAGAUAGAUGUAAUCAAACGCAUCAUCGCCCGCUACCCGCAGCACCUCGGAUACGCCCAGUCCUAUGCCAGUCUUAUGGAGGUCUACAACAGUGGACGGAUAGCGAGUCUUUUGGGCGUCGAAGGAGGUCAUCUCAUGGGCGCCAGUCUGUCUGUUCUAAGAAUGUACUACGACCUAGGCAUACGUUAUCUCACCCUCACGCACACCUGUAAUACGCCAUGGUAAAGACCCUUAUGUUGUGUGUUGUUCGU